UGCGUAUUACAAUCUGACAAUUCAUCAGAUCGGUCGAUAUUUUCAAUGAUUUACAGUCUUGAAAUUAUUCAAAUUAAUUUUAUAUAAAUAUAAAUUAACUUUAAGAUAUUCAAGCUGGCACCACGAAGAGUUAUUUGGUUGGGAAUACAAUAUUUUUCACCAUUGUUACACCGUGCGACAUAUAAUAGAUCCAGUGGUAGUAAAAAGAAUUUCUCAAAUAUGUCGUCGCAGUAUUCUCCCAAAGAGGGUACGGUGCCCGGGACGCCGCCCGGGUCCCCGGGCCUACAGUCCGCGGGCCCCGGCGGGGGGCCCACCGGCUCCGGUGUAGUCAAACGUUAUGACAACAUCGUCAAAUCGCCAGAGGACAAGAGGAACUAUAGAGGUCUAGUGUUGUCGAACCGUUUACGAGUGAUGUUGGUGAGCGACUUGAGUACAGACAAAUCAGCAGCAGCCUUAGAUGUUAAUGUCGGAUACCUAAGCGACCCUGACGAGUUGCCCGGUCUAGCGCAUUUCUGCGAACACAUGCUGUUUCUGGGGACCAAGAAAUAUCCGGAGGAGAAUGAAUACAACAAGUUUUUGGCCGAGCACGGGGGCUCGUCCAACGCGUCCACCUCGUCCGACCACACCACGUACUACUUCGACGUACUGCCCGAACAUCUGCACAAGGCUUUGGAUAUUUUCGCCCAAUUCUUCAUAUCCCCGUUAUUCACGGAGUCGGCGACGGGUCGCGAACUGAGCGCUGUGCACUUGGAACAUGAGAAGAACACAUCCUCAGAUACUUGGAGAUUGGACCAGCUCAACAAGAGUACUGCUUCCCCUACACAUCCCUUCCAUAAGUUCGGUACAGGUAACAGGGAGACCCUAGAGACGAUCCCGAAAUCAAAAGGCAUAGACGUCAGGAAGGAAUUGCUGAAGUUUCAUGAGAAGUGGUAUUCAGCUAACAUUAUGACGCUCGUCGUUUUGGGCAAAGAAUCACUAGAUGAUUUAGAAGCGAUAGUGGUGCCACUAUUCUCCGAAGUCCAAGACACGUCAGUCACUCCCCCCUCCUGGCCGGAACAUCCGUUUCCGCCGGAAUUGAGAAGGAAACGAGCGUACUGUCUUCCGGUCAAAGAUCUCCGGUCGUUGUCUAUAGACUUCCCCAUACCGGAUACCAGGAAACAUUAUAAAAGUGGGCCCGGGCACUAUUUAUCCCACCUGCUAGGACAUGAGGGUCCAGGCAGUCUACUGUCAGCUCUAAAGGAACGGGGAUGGUGCAAUAGUUUAGUAGGAGGUACUCGUAUCGGCGCGAGAGGGUUCGGCUUCUUCGGAGUGCAAGUGGACCUCACGGAGGACGGAGUCACUCACAUUGAUGACAUCAUCAAAUUGGUGUUUCAGUACAUAUCGAUGUUGAAGGCUGAGGGUCCGAAGCGCUGGGUGUGGGAGGAGCAGAGAGACCUGAUGGCGCUGGAGUUCCGUUUCAAGGACGCCAUGGAACCGCGAGGAGUUGUUACUGGACAUGUCCAUCUGUUGCAGGAGUUUCCAAUGGAAGAUGUUCUAUGUGCCUACUACGUGAUGACCGAAUGGAAACCGGAGUUGAUAGAGAACCUACUGUCUCUGCUCACCCCCGAAAACGUACGCGUCGGGAUCGUUGCCAAGGUAUUCGGUGACAAAUGUACGAUGACGGAACCCUGGUAUGGUACCAAAUACUUACAGGAAGACAUCGAAGACGCUAAGAUACAGGAAUGGAAGUCGGUACAGCCUACGAAAGAGUUACACCUGCCGCCUCCGAACGAGUUCAUACCCACCAAACUCAGUUUGGAAAAGGGGGAGGACAGUACUGCCGACUCCAUAGCGCCCGCUGUUAUAAAGGACACCCCACUCAUGAGGUUAUGGUUUAAAAAAGACAACGAGUUCCACCUACCCAAAGCUGUGAUGACCUUCGAUUUACCCCUAGCAUACGCAGAUCCGUUAAGUUGCAACCUGACAUCAGUAUGGGUGCUGCUACUGAGAGACAGCCUACAACAGUUUGCCUACGCCGCGGAACUAGCCGGCCUACGGUGGAGCAUCGGGAACGCUAAAUACGGAAUCAGUAUCACGAUCGACGGAUACGACGAUAAACAAAACGUUCUUCUGGAGAAAAUCGUGGACCAUAUGAUCAACUUCACAGCUGAUCCGAAACGGUUUCAUAUAAUGAAGGAAAAUCAUAUCAGAGCCAUAAGGAAUUUCGAAGCUGAACAACCCUAUCAGCACGCUGUAUACCAACAAGCUCUUUGCUUAGCAGACGUGGUUUGGACAAGAUGUCAACUCCUGGAAGCUGCUGACGACAUGACUGCUGAGAUGUUGACGGACUUCGCGUCUCGGUUGAUCCGCAAGGUACAUAUAGAAGGGUUCAUGUAUGGCAACCUCAGCCGGGACAGGGCGCUGCAUAUAGCAGAGUGUAUGGAGAAAAAAUUACCGAAGGACGGGACGCCGCUAUGUGCCCAGCAGUUAUUGUUACAUAGAGAAAUAGAAAUCGAAAAAGGCGCGUGGCACGUCCGCGAGACGACGAACAGCGUGCACCGGUCGUCGUGCGCGUCGCUGUACUACUCGUGCGGGGUGCGACACUGCCGCGCUAAUGUCACGCUAGAACUACUCGCCCACACGCUCGCCGAGCCCUGCUUCAGCAUGCUGAGGACCAAGGAGCAACUAGGCUACAUAGUGUUCAGUGGACUGCGGCGCUCCAACGGCGUGCAGGGCUUCAGGGUCAUCGUGCAGAGUGACAGGCAUCCGGAGUACCUGGAGGAGAGGAUCGAGAACUUCCUGCAGGGAUCGCUGGAAUACCUACAAAAUAUGUCGGACGUAGAGUUCUCCAAGCAUAGGGCUGCGCUAGCGGCUCAGAAGCUGGAGAAACCGAAGCGGAUGUCCAGCAGGGCUUCGCUGAUGUGGAGCGAGAUCACGGCCCAGGUAUACAACUUCGACCGGCCGAGGGUCGAGGUGGAACAGUUGAACACCAUCACGAAAGAAGAGCUCAUACAGUUUUAUAAACGCCACAUAGGGGCGGAGUCCCCCGACAGACAGAAGCUGUCGGUGUACGUGGUGUCCACGGCCGAGGGGGGCGCGGGCCACGGCCGCGAGUAUAAAGAGGGGGAAGAUAACGAUAAUCCCCCCGCCUGCGGCAGCGAUGACGACAAGCCCAAGAAGCCGACGAAAAUAGUAGAUUUGGUAGACUUCAAAUGCCGUAGAAAGCUGUAUCCUCAUCCUUCGCCGUUCAUCAAGAUACCUCGGAAAGGGUCGCAGUGUAAACUAUAAUAAACAUAACAAUAUUUAUUGUAACUUUCGUGAGACAUACUAAAUUAAUUAUUAUGUUAUCGGCUUACUCACGUAACUGUUUGACGAGGAACUCGACUAGUUUCAGUGAAAGCACGCAGCAACUCUUUGUGUGAUCCACAAAUUGUUGUUUCGGGUCUGUGUGUCAUGUGUAUGUGAACUUGUAUGUUUGUAAACGCACCCACGAUACAGGAGACAAUCCUAGUGUGGGGUAAUGUUUAAUAAAAAGUUGUAAGAAGCGCGACAAUCGUCGCGGAAUGUUGCUCAUGAAUAUGAGCCUCUAGCAUGGCUUGAAACUAGUCGAGUUCCUCGUCAAACAAAUACGUGAGUAAGCCGAUAACAUAAUAAUUAAUAUGUAAAAAUGUAAACAGUGACUCGUGUAGUGUAGAGAUUGUCCAGUCAACUGAUGGUAGCGAGGUUCACUGUCCAGUGACACACGUACGCUGGUAUCGUCAUGAGCUAAUGUCGACAUGUAAACAGUGACUCGUGUAGUGUAGAGAUUGUCCAGUCAACUGAUGGUAGCGAGGUUCACUGUCCAGUGACACACGUACGCUGGUAUCGUCAUGAGCUAAUGUCGACAUGUAAACAGUGACUCGUGUAGUGUAGAGAUUGUCCAGUCAACUGAUGGUAGCGAGGUUCUAAUCCAGUGCAGAACUUAUUCUAUUUUGAAGUCUUUAAUAUUUCUAUUUAAAAAUGUUUGAUGCUACAAAAUGUAUUAAAAUUUAAUUUUAAAUAUGUUUUUAGUUAAGUUUACAACUAGGAGGUGGCUUAGUAUUAGAUGAAUUAAAUAAUAAUUAACAAUAAUAAUUAAAUAAUUGUUAGUUUUUGAUUGUAAUAAACUAGAGAAGGGUAUUAAAAUAUCCGUGGUGAAAAUUA